CAUCAUUCGAUCCUACCCAAAAGUCAAUCGUUUAUAGAAGCAUAGACACUCCAACUCAUAGAUACCCAACCCCAUAGAAUCACAUAAUAGACUACAUCAAUAAUGGCUUCCUUCUUAAAAAUCUCCACUUUAGUUGCUUUAGCAGUUUCUUUACAAUCCGCUUAUGCUGCCCCACCAGCUUGUUUAUUAGCCUGUGUCGCUCAAGUUGAAAAGGCCUCCGACUGUUCUGGUUUAAAUGACAUCAGUUGUGUCUGUACCAGUAACGGAAGUGAUGUCGAACAAUGUUUAAAGGAUAUCUGUCCUAACGGUCAAGCUGAUGAUGCCAUUUCUGCUUUUGAAAGCACCUGUUCUUCCUUCGGUGACAAGGUUGCAUCUGUUCGUUCUUUAUCAUCUUCCAAGGCCUCUUCCUCCACCAAGGCCUCUUCUUCAUCCACCACUUCUUCAUCCACUGAAGCUUCUUCCACUGAAGCUUCUUCUACUGAAGCUUCUUCUACUGAAGCUACUACUUCAUCCACCAAGGCUUCAUCCACCACCACCACUUCAUCCUCUUCUUCUGCUGCUGCUUCCUCCACUGAAGUUGAAUCUACUACUAGUUCGGCCGCUGAAACCACCUCCGCUGCUGCUACUUCCUCCGCUGCUAAGCCAACCACCGUCACCUCCGCACCAACCACUGCUGCCACUUCUUCUGAAGCUCAAACCUCAUCUUCCCCAGCCGUCACCACUGUCCCAAGCAACGCUGGUUCUAGAUUGACUGCUGGUGCCGCUGUUGUUGGUUUGAUUGGUGCUGCUUUGUUGUAAGCGAUUUAGGUAAUUUCUUUGGUUUAGUUUUUUUUUUGGAUUAGUCCUGGUUUGAUUUUUCACUUCAUACGUUUUGAAGUUCUUUCUUGGAAAGAGUCACUUAUAUAGAACUUGAUACAAUGUUUUGACAUGAUUUUAUAAAAAAGUAUAUACUUUGUUAAUAUACCCAUAUAGUUGGAUACAUUGUUUUUAUUAUUAGUACGUGCGUCAUUUUGCAUGACAGAGUUACAAAUAUUAGGUAUUAAACAAAAUCAAAAGCUUGGACGAGUUUCACCACAAAUAUAUGGCUCCACUUAGGCACUGAUAUUACGGGAACCUCAACCUCUUCGGCAUCAAUACAGCCAACAAAUACAGUUCGAAGGUAAGAAAGUAUCAAGAAUUCUGAACCCAAACUACGAAAAGAAUUAAUAAUUCAGUAACAAUCAUCACUUCCCUGCCCAAAUUUGUAUUCAACGUUAGAACUAACAAAGAUGAAAAAUUUU